AAUUCGGAAAUAGUCCUAUAAUAAAUAUUAAGCACACUGCACAACGGUAAGCGAAAAGUACACACUAAAAGCAAGCAAGGAAAAACGAUUUCCCCUUUCCCAAUUUCUUUCAUUUUCUCCCCUGCGAAAAGAGAAACAGCCAUUCAUUUAAAACAAUCACAAAUCCAAAAUUUCUUCAAAUGCUCAUUCGUUAAACCUCCAAUUAUUAUUUUAUUUUUUUCUGCUCGUAUAUUCAUACAAAUCGAGAGACGUUGAUCGAUUCGUGAAUGGAAGCCAUCAGAAAACAAGCUUCGAGGCUUCGAGAACAGGUCGCCAGGCAACAGCAGGCUGUUCUGAAGCAGUUUGGUGCGUAUGGAGCUUCCGAUGUUGUAGCCGAUGAUGCUGAGCUCCUGCAGCACCAGAAACUUGAAAAAUUAUUCAUAUCUACUCGUUCUGCCAAGCAUUUCCAAAGGGACAUUGUUCGAGGUGUUGAAGGUUACAUAGUUACAGGGUCUAAACAAGUCGAGAUAGGUACUAAAUUGUCAGAAGAUAGCAGGAAAUAUGGAGUUGAAAAUACAUGUACCAGUGGUAGUACAUUGUCAAAAGCUGCAUCAAAUUUUGCACGAGCUCGUGCUCAAAUGGAGAAAGAACGUGGAAACCUGCUAAAAGCCUUUGGCACACAGGUAGCUGAACCAUUGAGGUCUAUGGUAAUGGGAGCUCCACUAGAAGAUGCUCGACAUCUCGCCCAAAGAUAUGAUAGGAUGCGGCAGGAGGCCGAAGCUCAGGCUGUUGAAGUUGCACGAAAACAAGCAAAGGUAAGAGAAGGAACAGCACAUCCGGAUAUGGCUUUUAAACUCGAAGCAGCUGAAGCUAAACUGCACGAUUUGAAGUCAAAUGUCGCUACACUUGGGAAAGAAGCUGCUGCUGCUAUGGCUGCUGUUGAGGCUCAACAGCAGAGGUUGACCCUUCAACGGCUAAUUGCCAUGGUUGAGGCCGAACGAGCUUACCAUCAGCGUGUCCUUCAAAUACUUGAUCUGCUAGAAGGCGAAAUGAUGUCCGAGCGACAAAGGAUUGAAGCAGCUCCUGCCCCAAGCGUGGAUACUAUGCCUGCUCCACCCCCUCCAUCAUAUGAAGAACUAAAUGGCGUGUCCACUUCACCAAUGCAAAACGGGUCCACUGAUAGUAUGGGUUACUUUCUUGGGGAGGUUUUGUACUCGUAUCAAGCUGAAUCUGAUGUGGAGCUUAAUUUAUCAAUUGGCGACUAUGUGGUCGUUCGGAAGGUUUCGAACAAUGGGUGGGCUGAAGGUGAGUGCAAAGGGAAAGCUGGUUGGUUUCCGUUUGGAUACAUCGAGAGGCGUGACCGUGUUCUUGCAAGCAAGGUAGCUGAAGUUUUUUGAUCUACUAUCUUGGGUUUGGAUUUUUAAACAUAUAAUAUAUAUUCGGUGUUUUGUGGAUAUACAAACAUAUAUUCGGAAUUUUUUUUUAAAGUGUUAUUUAUUACAGAUAUAUUCCUUCAAAUUUUUAUAUUUUCUUAUUUUACUUUAUUCUUUUUGUGUUUUUGACUUUUGGAAGAUAAUUGUUUUAUUUUUGUACAUCGGUUGAAACGUUAC